GUGGUUGCUGGAGCUGCGGUGGAGGGAGACUGGCGAACAAGUUGGUGGGUUGUGAGGGGAGAGGUGUCUGUGUGACUGAGCUCCGGCCUAUACUGCCUGUGACCCGAGACACCCGUGCUGUCAUCCUCUCAGAUUGUUAGCCAUAUGCUGUCGGGUCAGAACUUCUCAUCACAAUCAUGAGGCUGGUAAUUCUGGAUGACUAUUCCCUGGCAAGUGAGUGGGCAGCAAAAUACAUAAGUAAUCGUAUCAUCAAGUUUAACCCUGGACCAGACAAUUAUUUUACACUUGGACUACCCACAGGCAGCACACCAUCCGGAUGUUACAAGAAACUUAUUGAGUAUCACAAACGUGGAGACCUUUCAUUUAAAUAUGUGAAGACCUUUAAUAUGGAUGAAUAUGUAGGAUUACCUAGGGACCACCCUGAGAGCUAUCAUUCAUACAUGUGGAAUAAUUUCUUCAAGCACAUAGAUAUAGAUCCCAAUAAUGCUCACAUCCUGGAUGGGAAUGCUGAUGACCUGCAAGCUGAAUGUGAGGAAUUUGAGAGGAAAAUCAAAGAAGCUGGUGGCAUCGAGCUAUUUGUUGGAGGUAUUGGUCCAGAUGGUCAUAUUGCUUUCAACGAGCCAGGUUCCAGUCUGGUAUCCCGAACUAGACUAAAGACCUUAGCAAUGGACACGAUUUUGGCAAAUGCCAAAUAUUUUGAUAAUGACCUUUCCAAAGUCCCAACAAUGGCUUUAACAGUUGGCGUUGGUACGGUAAUGGAUGCCAAAGAGGUGAUGAUCCUCAUUACUGGAGCCCACAAAGCUUUUGCUUUAUAUAAAGCUAUAGAGGAAGGUGUGAAUCAUAUGUGGACAGUGUCAGCUUUUCAACAACAUCCUCGCACUAUAUUUGUCUGUGAUGAAGAUGCUACAUUAGAACUUAGAGUCAAAACGGUGAAGUAUUUUAAAGGUUUAAUGCAUGUACAUAAUAAACUGGUGGAACCACUGCAUAGCAUGAAGAAGAACUGACACGGUGUGUAUGCGGUGGAUGACGCAGCGGCUAUGCACUCUUACUGUAACCUGGUCUGCAAAACAAGUACUGUAUUCUCAAGGUCCAAGUUCUGCUUUAGCCAUGUAACAUUCCAUACUACGCAGGAUCGGUUUUAUAGAUGACCUAACCAUUCUCUGAACCUAUAAGGCUCAGCAAACGUUGCCUUCUUAUUGUCUAAUGCAAAUAUAUUGCUACUUACAAAUGUACUGAUCUGCAGUUACUGCUGGAAGAGUUUUGCUUUCUGGUCCUGUAUAUAUCCAGUGAAUGUUCGCAAUGGGAGUGGCUUAGCACUUAGAUGUGUACAUUAAAUUCAGAAAAUUUAGUUCGGAACGCUGGGUGCAGGCUUCGUGGGUCGCCACGCCUCCCUGUGACAUCACGCCCCGCCCUUUCAAUGCUA